AUGUCCACAAAGCGGAAGUGGAGCAAUCUCAAAGCAGAGAAAGACUUGACGAGCGAAAUCGAAAAGGUGCGAUUCGACGACAAGUUUUACGUCAGCACGGACUCAGCACUGCCAGGAAAACUGCACACGUUGCGCGGAGGUUGGCUUGAUCACCAUACCAUCUUCGGCUUCGACUUGGGCUACUUCCGCAUGUCGUCCCAGGAAGCGGAAGCCAUGGACCCGCAAGUGCGCUUGCUGUUAAUGACGGUCCCAGAAGCCUAUGCCGAAGCUGGCCUGAUGUUCAACGAGCAGGAGACCGUCUGUUUCAUGGGUGUGACGGCCCACGAAUAUUUGCCAUAUGCUACUUUGCAUCCAGACCAGAUGAACACGGGCAAGUUCACCAAUACAGGGACCAAUGCCUGUAUGACCGCGAAUCGCCUGAGUCAUUUCUUUGACUUCAGGGGUCCGUCAAUGGCCUUUGACACUGCUUGCAGUUCCAGCUUGAUGGCCUUUUCCGAAGCCGUUGGUGCACUGCAGCAGGGGCGCGCUUCGAGGGCCCUGUGUGGUGGAAGCAAUAUAUGCCUGACCCCGAUCACAAGCAUCGGGUUCGUCGCUGGCGGGUACUUGAGCAAGGACGGACGGUGCAAGUCUUUCGACGAGAGGGCCGACGGAUAUGCACGUGCUGAGGCUGCCGGUGUUGCAGUUCUCUCACCGGUUACCGAUGCACAGGCGUCCCAUUCGCCGAUUCGAGCAUUAGUGAGGCACCCCGGUUUCAGUGUCAACAAUGGCCGCAGCAAUCCAUCGAUUGCAUCCCCAGCUGCCGACAUGAUGAAGAAGAUGAUCGAUAAAGCCCUUUGCGCCGCUGAGAUGAAUCCUUUCGGCAUUGACUACGUGGAGUGUCAUGGCACAGGCACCAAGGAAGGCGAUGCUGCUGAAGGACAUGCAGUUGCGAGUGUUCUGGGUUAUGUGGACCGCUCACCGCUCCUGCUUGGCUCCAUCAAAUCGAACAUGGGCCACACUGAGGCUGCCAGCGGUAUAGUUGGCGUCUUUAACUUGGCGAUGAUGCUUCACAAUCAAACCAUUGUGCCGCUGUGCCCCGCGGCACACAAGCAGAGGACCAGCAACAUCGACUGGGAACAGUCAUGCAUGCUGCCGUCAACUCUUUGUCAGAGAUCUUCCCUUCGAGCAGGCGGGGUGAGCUCUUUCGGCUUCGGGGGCAGUAGCGCCCAUGUUAUCCUGGAGAGCUACGAGUGCAAAUCCAGAUCUGCAAGAACAUCACAGCAGGGUGGUUUCCAACAGAAGCCGCACCUCCUCAAAGUUUCAGCAUGGUCUCCCGCGGCAUUGCGCGAUGUCUGCAAGCAGGUCUCCCAGACUUUGACGACGUGCCAGGACAAGAUCGAUGAUGUGCAGUACUCCAUCAAUGAGUGCUCAGCAUCGUACCACUAUCGUGCAGCAGUGGUGGGGGACACACUGCAAGAUGUCGCGAAAGCGCUGCAACGUCUCGGCAAGAGCGAGGAUCCUCCUUGCGCCGCGCCGCCGGCUGGAGCAUCGCCGAAGCUGGUCUUUGUUUUCUCGGGCAUGGGCACUCAGGUGCCCGAGAUGUUGGAGAAACUGGGCACGGAUCCCUCUGUUCGCCGGGUGAUCGGCGACAUCGCCACGCGCCUGCGGGAGCUUGGAGCUGAUUAUGACCUCUCCCAGCUCUUGCGCGACCGAUCGAAGCAGAUUUCUGAAGACACGGAGAUUGCUCAGGUGGCCAUCUUUACCUUCCAGCUUUGCUUGUCACAAUGGUUCAGGCAACGAGGAGUUGUUCCUGAUGUUUGUGUCGGCCAUUCGGUGGGAGAGGUGGCCGCCUUCCAUGUCGCUGGCCGUUUGAGCUUCGAGGAUGCUGUGCAAGUGAUUUAUCUCCGGGCCAGUGCGCUGAAGAAGCACGCAGGGUCUGGGAAGAUGAUUGCGAUGAUGAUGGAUGCCGAGAGAGGGGAGCAAGCGAUCAAAAUGAGCAAUGCAGACGUGGAUCUCGCAGCCUUGAACUCCUCAGAGUGUGUGGUGGUCUCGGGCAACAGCGACGAAGUCGAGAAGUUGCGGGUGUACCUGAAGAGUUCCAUGCAAGAAGGACGGAUGCUGGACAACAUCAAUGUGGGCUUCCAUUCCAAGUGUGUGGCACAUGACGAGCUGUCGCACGGCUUCAGCAGCAUAGUUAGCAAAGCCCGUGGUAAGAAUGAUCCGAUUCUGGUCUCGACGGUGACCGGACAGAGUGUUGAGGCUGCUGUAGCCGCCGAGUACUGGUGGCAAAACGUUCGGCAGCCAGUGAAGUUCCAGUCAGCUAUAGAGACCGUUGUGAAGAUGAAUUUUCAACACAUGCAUUUCUUAGAGAUCGCGGCCAUCCCACACUUGAGCCGACACAUCCAGUUGAUCGUGAAGGAGAAGAACCCCGAUGUGCAGUACCUGCGGUGCACCAGGAGCCAGCAUGCAUCGAAGAGCACCGGGGGAGCGCAAGAUUGGUUGAAGGGUGCUCUGUCUGCUUGCGGCACCCUUUGGACGUUGGGGGUAGAUGUGGAUUGGCAAGCUCUGAGAUGCCCAGGCCAGCAGCAAGCUGCAGGAGAGCGGCCGCAAUACAGAAACUACUUGGGAUCGCCCCCUUGGUCUCUGCAAGCUAUGGAGCUUCGUGGCUCGAUCUACCAGGAGAUGGUAGCUUUUCCGAAGACGGGUGAGCAUCCUCUACUAGGCAAGAAAGCCGAGCUGGCAGUGAAGGCCACAGAGGUUUGGAACAACGUGCUGUGGCUCGGGAAUGAGCCUUGGAUAAAGGACCACACCCUCGAGGGACAGCACAUACUCCCAGGAAUGGCGAGUGUAGAGAUGUUCGCAGAGGCUGCGGCCCAGAUCGCCGCAGAAGGUUCGCUGAAGUCGGCCAAGGUGGAGAACAUCGUCUUCAAGCAGACCCUGGCUUUCACCGACAAGCGGGUAAAGACACAGCUUAUCUACACCCCAAGGUCUCAGCAGGGGCCGAGUGGCAAGAAGGGCGAGGUUUGCUUUUACAGCAAGCUGGACAAGGCGAAAUGGCAGCUCCAUGCUCAAGCGCUAAUCUUGCUGUCGGAUGAGGAGGUUGACCCGAAACCAGAAGGGGUGAACCACGAGAUUCCCGAGGAUGCCCGGGUAUAUGAUGGCAAGGACCUCUACGAGCGACUGAGCGACUUCUUUCAGCUGGGCCCUUCUUUCCGCCGCAUCAAGAAGCUUUGGAGCGCCAAGGACAAUGACAGUGAAGUGUAUGCCCUUAUCGAGUGGGACGAUGCCGCUGAGUAUGGCAAUUACAACAUUCAUCCCGCCAUCCUCGACAGCAUGAUCCAGACCGGACUAGGCUACAUUGCCAUGAUGACCAACUUUGACUACAAGGGCGUUCCGACGAAGCUCGCCUCAGCUCAGCUUUUUUGCAAAGGAGCGCGGAAGCUCUGGACGAGAUCCUCCUGCAAGGUUCAGGCAGGUGGCUUUGUAGUCGAUGUGGACGCCUUCACCGAUGAGGGUCUCCUCGCUGCUUCUCUGAAAGGCCGGGCUGCGGACUGGCUGGAGCCCCUUGCUCACGCUCAAACGUUGAGUCGGAUCGUCCACGUCUACGAGCUUCUGGACUCGUGGGGGUGCAAGCAGAACCCCGACUCUAACAUUGAUUACAAGGGGUGGGUGCAACGUGGAGGAGGUUUUGCCGCAACACGCUUGCAAGCUUCUGAUUUGCGCCUUCUUAAUUCUGGACAGGAUGAGGUGAAUCCGGUCGUGGGCAUGAUCCGAUCUUUGGCACUGGCCUUCGGCUACGAGACGCAGUCUGGCCUCCGGAUCCAGUCUGUGGACCUCCCCUUGGGAUCCAGCAUCAACUUGGGAGCUGAGCUGACGAAGCUUCUGAGGAGCUGGCCCAAAGCUUCAGAAAUCGCACUUCGAGCACCAAGAUGCGGCAUGACAGAGGUGCGGUGCCUCGAGUGCCGAGUGGUGGCCUCCCCGUGGGAGGAUCGCAGCUCCCGGAAUGAAUUGGAUCACGUGGAGAUGCUUGGGUCUGAGGGAGCACUCGGGCUUGGCAUGCUCCAGGGAAAGAAUGUCUUGGCCUGGCUUCCGCCACACUUGGCCCAGCAAGUGCCUGGAAUCGAUACCAGUGAGAUCAUCGCAGUUGAGAUUCCAUCGGGCAUGAGGCCUGAAUGGGCCCUCGGAGUUGUAAGAGACUGGCUGUGGCCGCAUGCAGUCGUCGAUGCCAUAGAGGGUGUCGGCAAGGUUUGCCUUCAGUCCAGCAAUCCGGAGUGGAAGAAGAAGAUCGACGAGUUGCUUCAGAGAAAGCCCGGUUCGUGCCAUGCACUGGUGUCAGAACAGCACGGUGUUGGCGAAGCCUUCAUCCUGGACGACCAGGCGGCUUCCGUGCAGAUCAAGCUGGCUUCCUCCAAGCCGGAGCUCAUGCGCAGACAUCUCGCCACUAUCCUCGACGAGGCGGAUGCAUUGCGGUCGACAGAGCCGGACGACAUGACCUUCACGAAGGAAGGUCUGAUGCUCAGUGACACAGCUUCCUACGUCGUUGUCGGCGGGACCCGUGGACUUGGCUUGGAGAUGGCGAAGUACCUUGUGGCCAACGGGGGGCACGUUGUUGUCGUCGGCCAGCUCCAGAAGACUGCCGAGAUCAUCGAAGAGUGCGAUUGCAGCUCGGCAGAAUCCGUCCAGCGGAUGCUAGCAAAGAUUCACGCAGAGAAGCCUAUCGCCGGCAUCAUCUCUGCAGCCACGCAGUAUUCGGACAAGAUGCUCGUGAGUAUGAAGUCGGUGGAGGAUUGGCGUGCCGCCCUGCAAGUGAAGACCUUGUGUGCCUACAACUUGCACAUGGCGACGCAAAAGCUGAAUCCGAAGCGAGACAUGCGGUUCUUCGUCGUUGUCUCCUCAAUUGCUUCACUGCUCGGAAGUGCAGGUCAAGCAGCAUAUGUGGCAGCAAAUGCUUACACAGAAGACCUGAUGGCGUAUCGCCGCCAGCUGGGCCUUCCUGGAAGUCAUCUCAAUGUCGGCGUUGUUUCUGACAAGGGCCAUGCAUAUGAGCAGCGUCUUGUUGACAGUUGGCGGCGGAAAGGGAUCAGCCCAAUCACCGCCGCAGAUGCCUGUGAAGCUCUUGGGAGCUUGAUUGAGACGGGCAGCGUUUGUGCUGGGAUCUCCGGAGCUUUGAGCAUCAGGCAGCAGCUCGAAAUGACCCCAAACCUGGUGGUGAACAUGAUGGAGCGCAACAACCUUUCGCGCCUAAGGGGUCUGGCAACUCUGGAGGAGAUACAGGCGAUGAUUCAUGGCUCGGCUUCGCUGACACGAGCUUUGCAACAAGCGGUGUCGCCGGAGGAGAGGACGUGCCUGGUGCGCCAAGAGCUCAGGAAGUUCUUCCAGAUGCGUGGGCACGAGGUGGACGAGGCGUUGCCGCUGAGAGAACAGGGUCUAGAUUCCCUCGAGAUGGCCAGCUUGAGGUCGGAGCUCUUUGGCAUCUUCGGCAUCGAACUGUCCUCUGUUUUCUUGACCUCGGAGAAUGCACUUCUUCCAAAGAUUGCAGAAGAACUUGCUCAGAAGAUGGUCGCCCCUGCUUCCGACGCGUGCCUGUGGGAGUCCUGGUACCAGCUCCGACAUAGCCCGGCAUCACCGGGCCAGCCUGAUGCGGUCUUGGUGGUGUUUCCGCCCAUUGCCUGCGGCACGGAAGUCGUGUCUUCAUGGAAGCUGCAGAUUCCGGUUGCGUGUGCCACCUUGCCCGGAUGGGCAAACCGCCCCGACGAGGACUGCGUCAAGGACUGGGGCCAACUCAUCGACGCGCUAUUUCAGCACCUCCUGGCAAUGCUGGCUGACAAUGGCUGGACAUCCUCGGCUCUGGAAUUCUAUGGCCACUCCUUUGGAGCUCGAGUCGCAUGGGCUGUUGCUCAGAAGCUCGAGGCGGCGCCGAAUGUGACGCUGCAUCGCCUGAGCAUCGGAGCUUGGUAUGGCCCUCUCCAUCGUCCCCGGCAGGAAGAUCCCGGUCCCGAACCGGACAGCCCGGAAGCAGCAAGGGAAAGGCUUCGGAAAAUGAAGUUCUUGGACCCGGGCUUCCUUGAGAAAGCGACAGACCGACAGAUCUUGCAAACCACGAAGUGCAUCUACGCAGCCUGGAUGAUGUUGGAGGAGGGUGAUGUCAAGCUUGAGCCGCAAGUGAGAUGCAACAUUAUGGCCUUUGCCGGUCUCCGAGAUGAGUUCGUUCGGCCGGCAGAAGUUCAGCAGUGGAGUGCUGUGAUGGCUGCAAAUUUCAGCUUCGAGUUGAAGGAGCUCGACGCGGACCACGGCUUCAUGGAAAGAGUUGCUUCGCACAUUCACACGCCUUUGCCGACGCUGCUCGGAGGUCACGGUCACGAAAGGCAGCCGAAGCCUGCUGCCUGGUAG